AUGUCUUCUCUCCUACUCACCUCCCUCCUCCUCUCCCUCACAUCCGCCCACGUCGUCCUCGAGAACCCGAAACCCUUCAAAUUCGUCGCCGACGGCCCCACCAACCCCAUCUCCGCCACCGGCGACGACUUCCCCUGCAAAGUGCCCCCGGGCGCCUCCUACAUCGUCGACGGCGAACGCACCGUCUACGCCGUCGGCGAGCCGCAGACCGCCACCUUCGCCGGGCAGGCCGUCCACGGCGGCGGCAGCUGCCAGUUCGCGCUCUCCACCGACACGGAGCCGACCAAGCAGUCCACGUGGAUGGUCAUCCACUCCAUCGAGGGCGGCUGCCCCGCGCGCAACCAGAAGGGCAACCUCGAAGGGCCUAAUAAAGAUGAGUACACCUUUUCCAUUCCGCAGGGCAUCGCGCCGGGGGAGUAUACUUUUGCGUGGACGUGGCAGGCGCGCGUUGGCGGGCAGCCCGAGUAUUACAUGAAUUGCGCGCCGAUCACGGUCGUGGCGUCGAAGAAGAGGCGCGGGCAUUCCCGCGGGGGGUGGGGUGUGUCGAAGAGGCAGACGCAGCAGUUUCCGGAGCUGUUCAUGGCGAAUAUGGGUGAGGUCUCGGGCGGGUGCACGACUAACGAGGCGUUGACGGCGCAGGUGCCGAUUAAGUACCCCAACGCGGGGACGAGUGUUGAUCAUCCUGAGGGCGAGGCUAAUUUGUUCGUGCAGCCGUGUGAUGGGAACCCCCGGGCCGGCGCCGGUUCCGGGGGUGGCGGGUCAGUCGAGCCGCCUGCCGCUUCCGCUUCCUCCGCCGCGCCCGGGGAGGAGCAGCCCGAGCCGACUACGUCUUACAUGGACACUCCCUCAGCCGAGCCGACAUCAUCCGCGAUCGACACGCCCGCCGUCACCUCGCCGCCGGUGGUGAGCACCACCGCCCCCGAGCGCCCGGCUCCGUCUUGCGCUGUGCCUGCGGUUUCUACUGUUGAGGUGACAGUAACCGUCACCGCUACGAUUACGGCGCAGGUCCCCGUGGCGUCGGGGGCGCCGGACGCGCCGGCGGAUGAGGAUGAUGAUGACGAUGAGGGUGAGGCGUGCACGGAGGGGUAUCUUACGUGCCUGGAGGACGAGACGCACUUUGCGACGUGUACCGGGGGUGAGCUGACGGCGCCGCAGCCCAUUGCGCCUGGGUUCAAGUGUGCGGCUGGGGAGGGGGAGGGGUUGGAUAUUUCGCCUAUCGGGGGGUAUUGA